GAUGGUUCUAAACAAGAAUCAUGAAAAAUAUUUCUUGUCUAGUGGUAGCGUAUUCUGAUUCUCCUCGUGUUAAUUGGUAUUGAUUCCGCUUGCGGGCUGCACACCACGAAAACAAGAACAUUAUGGCCGAACUUAACAACAAGAUCGAGGAGGGCGACGACCUCCCUUCACCGUCGAAGACAAAAUUGGUUCAGGAUGCGGACUAUGCAUUGCAAAUAUGUCUGGGUCUGGAAGCAUGUAACUUCUGAUGCGCAUUUGAGACCAGAGAGAAAUCUGUCAUGCAUGGAUCGCAAAAGUUGCUCAUUUCUUGUCACCAAAAGAGGGAACUUGUCAUGCGGAUUAGGCAUCCCGUAACCUUCUCGAAACCCGUGAUGCUAGGGCUUCCUUGCCAGACCUUCUGCGUCAUGCAAAAACAGCAUGACAUUUUCCAGACCCAGACAUAUUUGCAUUUGAUACGGACAAUGUGCAGCCGAUGGAGCUCGAAGGCCACAAGGAGGACGACGACAACAGUAACGAGGAUGAAGAUUCUAUCCUGAGUAAAAACGUACUCACACCAGAGUUGUCAUGCAGAUUUGCAAUGACAGAAACAUUUGUAAUGCGCAUCGCCAGGAGAGGCUUUUUUAGUCGUGUUUUGAAAUUUGUAAUGCUGUAAACAGGAUGAGCAGAUGGAUUUCUGAUGCAGCUGGCCUUGCGAACCUGCACUACACUACGGACUGCAACUUGUGAUGUGUGACCCCCAAAAGUUCUAGGUUUGUGUUGCAAAGUCCCCAUCUUGACUCUGGUGUGGGGAUGUUUUUCCUCAGGAUAGAUUCCGGAAACCACCCAAAGCAGUGGACGGGCGACAUCAACUCAGAAGAGUACAAGGAGCGGCAGCGGCUCAUCGCGCAGGAAAGGAUGAACCAUUUCGAGCGGGUCUCAGAGAAAUGGAAGGGAAAAGGCCCCAAGGCGAAGAACCCGAAAGCACCCAAGCCAAAGGUAAGUCGGUUGCUGAUAAAGCUUUUUGAGAUAGGUUUAUUUUCAUCGAUGAGGAAAAGAAUGGUCAUUUGUGAUGCAAGACAUGCAUUUUACAGAAUUUUGUUGUGCAAACACACUUCACAAUCAAUACAGAUGCAAGAAGUGGAAAUCUUGCCAUUGCCACGCGACGGCGGGGAUACGUUGCUACCAAUUCACUUGAAAAAAGUAAAGGUGAAGUGCUGAAACGUGAUGUUUCAUCUCGCAGCAUGGCAAAAAGUUCUGCCAAUAUUUUUCUGCAUGGCAGAGUUGUUUUUUGAAAUGAAUUUGAGCUUUGUUUCUCCAGGACGACGCAUUUGUUACGAGGAAGAUGUUUGUAGUUGUACAGUGAACUGGUCAAUAUUACUGAUUUCUUUCCUCCCCACCAGAGCUUUUCCGAUCUGCACGAUCACGAUGGAUUGA